AUGGCGCCGGACGCAGCAUUUUCAAAUAUAAAUGACAAGAACGAAUUUACAAAGUUUGCUAAAUUCCUCGCCUAUAAAGGAGUUCAAGUUAUUGUAGAAUCGAGAAAGGGAGUUAAAAUAGAGCCUAACAGCAAACCACUUUCUUCAGAUUCAGAUUGGUUUAACCUUCAAAUACCAGAUUCUCCAGAAGUCAACCAGGCCACCAAAAAUGCAUUGCCAUCAGACAGAAUUCUGGAAACUAUCAGGUCUCAACUUCACGUAGAAAUUUCCGUGCAGACAGACGAUGGUGAUGAAAUGGUCCUCGAGUUAUGGACUUUAGAACUUGAUGAUUCCCAAUUUGAUACAUCAUUAAAGGCUAUGAACACUGUGUACUUUAGAAUGGGUAUACUGCUAAAAUCGCUGAUAACAAUUACAAGAAUAACACCAGCAUAUCAUUUGUCUAGAAAACAGCGUACGGAAUCGUUUACCAUAUUUUACCGUGUGUAUAACGGAGAGCCAAAAUUGAAGGCGUUGGGAGAUUCUGUUAAAAAAAUCCAGGCUGGAAUAUUGAAAACCCCAUUGGGCGGACUCUGUUUCACAGUUUCUUACAGAACCAAUUUCUCUAUAUCGCCAAAUCGUUCUCAAACAGAUAAAACUUUACUGCUCAAAAGCGAUCAUUUUGAACUGAGUCCUAAACACGUUAUUUUCGAAUCCAAAAAGAAAAAGGAAAGAGAUCCUCGACCUGCUUCUCCAGUCGAUUUGAAUAAGCCACUUCGACUCGCGGCAUUCGUGGAUGAAAUUGUAAUUCAGAAGGUCAUCAAAGAGUUUCUAGAAAAGAUGCCCAUACCCAUUUGUAGAGUACCCCCAAGGCCAAAAACGCCCGAAGGAAAAGUCGCCGACUGUAAAAGUACUCAAGAUCUGGAUAUGAAUGUCAUAUCAAAGAGUCCGACAUCUCUGGAGAUGCCACCCAAAAAGUUUCCUGGUUUUCGCAGCGAAAAUGAACCACCUUUAAAACUGUUACAUUUUCCGUUUGCGGAUACUCAUCCGAUUCGUGAAUUAGCUGAGUUUUAUAAGGAUUUCUUUAAUGCUCCACAUCUGAAGUUGGCAGACGAUCCAUUCGAGACUAAAAGCUCUGAAAGCCAGAAUGUUGAUAUGACUAAUGAGGAUCUAUCCAAAGAUCUUGCUAUACACGAAAGCUCACUUGUAGAAUUUGAAGAACUGCUUGCUGAAAUGUGUCGUUCGGCUGAAUGGAGUGGAAACUAAACUGAUCAAGGGAUUGGUGUGGUGUUGGAAGACUGAAAUGUUAUUGGUUUUAAUAAAUGUUUAUUGAUUUAGUACUAGUAUUAAAUUGGCUAAUCACUUUUUUUUGUAAGUAUAGUAAAUUCCACUAUGACCUAUGAUGAUGUACCUGACUAUUAAAUCAUUAAACUGUUC